AUGAAACUGCUCGGCUCUUCCCGCAUCUGCACCACCGCUUAUCACCCAGCAAGCAACGGGCUAAUUGAGAGGCUUCACAGCCAGUUGAAGGCAGCCAUCAUGGCCCAGUCGGCACCAAGCAGUUGGACCGGGUAUCUGCCACUCGUUCCCCUACGGAUCCGGUCAGCCCUUAAGACCGAUUUGGGCUGUUCAGCGGCUGAGCUCGUCUACGGCUAUGCCUUGUGCCUUCCCAGAGAGUUUCUAGCCUUCACAUCAGCUCCAUCAUCGCAGUCUGGUUCGUACGUGAAGACACUCCGCGACUGUAUCCGGUCCCUGCGUCUUACACCACUAAGGCAUAACUCUCAUAGGCAGGUUUUCAUCGACAAGGCCCUGGACGAUGUAACACACGUUUUUGUAUGGCGUAUGGCACAUGAACCGCCACUGCAACGCCCCUACGACGGUCCCUUCAGGAUGCUCCGCCAGUCGUCUAAGUUUUUUACGAUCGACCGCCAAGGGGUUUGGCACACACUCUCCCUCUCCCUACUGAAAAAGGCCCACAUCGACGAGGAUGCGGAUGUUCCCGGCCCCAGCAAACACAGGCCGACCAACGCUGCCUCUGCAAUAGACGCAGAACCUGCGACUACGGUCAUGUCUGCCAAUGAGGUCUGA